GCGGGCUAGUCAGUCGGGCAGUGGAUUUGUGGAUAAUAUCCGACCGUUUCUCUCGGGAUAAAGUGCUACAUUUCGUGGGAGAUUUCGGAAACGUGGCAAGCCACGAGUGAAACAAAGAUUUCUGAAGCAGCAGGACCCGUGGUUAGCUCUGGUGAAAUGUAACAAGUGCUAAUGGAAGGAGAUUUCAGAGUGUAACACGGCAUGGUGUGGUAAACACACACAGCCACGCCUGUGAUGUAACGAGUGAUUAAUGUGUUGGGGGCAGCCAAUGUUUUAGUUACAAGCACGGGGCCAAACACCAGCUGCAACAAACAAGGUACUGAACAGCGAAAACUUGGCGAACCCACUGACAUGGCUCGCUCGGGAAUGAAAUAACCCCUGGGAAAAUUUGAGACUUUUCUUAUCGGUGCCUGCACUGUAUCAAAGCCUGCCCCGGGGGAUGCAGGGCAGGAGAAGAUCCGCCCUUCAAGCUGCCCCGGGACCAACACGGGGACAUUUUCACGGCACACAGGACCUAAAGGGCUUUGUGUCUUUGUUACCGAAUACUUCCGCAAGUAGCUUUCCACGAGAAAACAGCGGCAUGAGGUACACGGGGCUCCCGGGCAAAACUGGCGUCUUCUCGGAGCACCAGUACAGCAUGAGCAAGAGCCCCACCCGCCCUCAGCGCUCCGCUCUCGACAUCAUCGCCGAGCUGGGCUCUGAGAGCAACGCACACGGGCUCGCCAAAAUCGUCGCGUCCCGAGACACCAAGCGGAAAGUGAUCUGGGCCUUGUUGGUCAUCAUUGGCUUCACGGCCGCCACGCUGCAGCUGUCGCUGUUGGUCAGGAAAUACCUGCAGUUCCAGGUGGUCGAGCUGUCAGAGAUCAAGGACAGCAUGCCGGUCGAGUACCCCUCCGUCACCAUCUGCAACACGGAGCCCAUCUCUCUACGCAAGAUUCGGAGCCUGGUCCACGCCAAGGAAUGGGGUCAACUACGGAACUGGCUGCGGUUCUUGGCAUCGUUCGAGUUUGACCACAACUCGUUCAUGGAGAGUAUCCGAGCGUUCUACGAAAACCUGGGAGACGAGGCUAAAAAAAUCAGCCACGAUCUUGGUGAUUUACUGAUACAUUGCAGAUUCAACAGAGAGUUGUGCUCCGUCCAGAACUUUACAUCGUUUUUUGAUGGUAACUAUUUUAACUGUUUUACAUUUAAUGGGGGGCAAUUAAAAGAUAAACUACAAAUGCACUCAACAGGACCAGAGAACGGAUUAUCGAUGAUUAUAUCUGUAGAAAAAGAUGACCCCAUACCCGGUACGUAUGGCGUAUACAACUUUGAAAACAAUAUCAUGCACAGUGCAGGGAUAAGAGUGGUAGUCCACGCUCCUGGUUCCAUGCCCAGCCCCGUAGAUCACGGCUUUGACAUCCCACCGGGAUAUUCAUCGUCUGUAGGUCUCAAAGCUUUGCUGCACAGCCGCUUACCUGAGCCGUACGGCAACUGUACAGAGGGGUCCCUGCAAGGCAUGCACACGUACAGAAACACCUUCUUCGCCUGCCUGCAGUUGUGUAAACAAAAGCUCAUCAUAGCCCGCUGUGGCUGCAAGUCUUCAGCCCUGCCCGACCUGCCCAACGUUAACGUCUCCUUCUGCGGCGUCAUCUCUAACUGGCUCGGCAUAUUACGUAAUAGAACUGACGGGAAGUCGCCUAAGAUAACUAUCCACAACCUCGAGUGCGAGGAAGACAUGCAGCGUAAACUGAACAACGACCGGGCGUACGAGGCGACCUGCCAGUGCUACCAGCCGUGUAGCGAGACGUCCUACCUCAAGUCCGUGUCCUUGUCCUACUGGCCCCAGGAGUUCUACCAGCUCAGCAUGUUACAGGAAUUCCUCAACCAGACGGAGAAGGAGCACUUCAUGGCCGUGGCCUUCGAGCUGUGGUCCGAGUUGGCCCAGAACACACAGAGCAACAGCAGCUCGGAUAAGAGCUACGCGGACCGCAUCAACAAAGGCUACACGGACAAGGAGAAGGACAAGGCCAAGCGAGCCUCCGACACCAUACGGCAGACAAUGCUCAGACUCAACAUCUACUUAGAGGACCUGAGCGUGGUAGAGUACCGGCAACUUCCGGCUUACGGCCUGGCCGAUCUGUUCGCCGACAUAGGCGGCACGCUGGGCCUGUGGAUGGGGAUCUCCGUGCUGACCAUCAUGGAGCUGGUCGAGCUCGUCAUCCGCCUCAUCGGCUUCGUCUUCAACGUGGAGAAGCGGGAGCUGGGCCGGAAGACCCAGGAGGACAUGCGCAAGGCGUGUGCGCUGACCGAGGCGCUGCAAGAAACGGAGCCCGAGUGCACCUACCCCGACCCGUUCGGCCUGUCUGAGUUCCGCAGGGGUGUUGAGACAUGAUGCCAUUCCACAGCCCCACGCCGCUCCGCUGGCUAUGUCGUGUUGUUGUUUGUUGUACAUAGCUCUUCCUAACACCAAUGACACACUGUAUAUAGUUACAAGCAAUAGACGUCCUCUUUAAGUAUGUUCAUCUUAUGGUUGUGGCGGACCAAUGAGAGACUGGGUUAAUUUGUAUUGUGUUGUGUUUGACUGACCAAUCAGAUUGGAUAGGUAUGAUAUGAUAUGUUUGACUGACCAAUCAGAUUGAAGAGGUGUAUUUUGACACGUUUAACUGACCAAUCAGAUUGGAGAUGUGUAUUGUGACACGUUUAACUGACCAAUCAGAUUGAAAAGGUGUAUUUUGAAACGUUUAACUGACCAAUCAGAUUGAAGAGAUGUGUUGUGACACGUUUAACUGACCAAUUAGAUUGGAGAGGUGUGCUAUGACACGUUUGAUUGACCAAAGAGCCAAAUGAAAAUGAAAUAGAUGGGAUGUUGAGAGGCAGUUGAUAUAAUCUGAUAUAGAUAUUAUGUAUCAUUACGACGUGUACUUUAUAAUGGCUAAUGAAGACAGUUCAUUAAAGCGUGUGGGUUUGUAUUCUGUAAGGAAGGAUGGGUUUUGGGAUUCUGUAUAUACAAUUUUGUCUGGAAUUCGUUUGGAAACUGGGUUUUGGGAUUCGGUAUAUACAUUUUUGUCUGGAAUUCGAUAGGAAUUUGGGUUUGCGAUUCAGUAUAUCAAUUUUUGUCUGGAAUUUGUUAGUGAGUCUGGAUGUCGGGCUUACUAUAAUAAUUAUAAUGAAAACUAUAGAAAUGUGAUUUGAGGUUCAAUGAAAAAUUUUUUAUUAGAUUCCCCAAGAAAAGCUUGUGUAUCAAUGCAACUAUUUACGGACUGAGGAAAAGAAAGUUCGGGUAUCUCAAACCUGAAUUUGAAUAAUGUUGGUAUUUUUCUGAGAUUAAUCUUUAUGCCAAAUAACUCUAUACUUUCAUUGAGUGGAAGAACAAGAACUCGUCUUUACCAAUUCAAAUAUAUCACAGCAAGAAGUAGUUAAUCAAUUUCGAGUAACCAAAACAUAAAUCUUCAAAUGUUUGAAGAAUGAAGUGUUUAAGUACAAGAAAAAUGAAUGCUUUAAAAGUCCUGUUAACUGAUCAAAUAAGACUCAUGAUGAAAGAAAAUUAGGAGCUUUUAUCACCUUAUGCACCAACCACGGAAAUUGUGUUAAUAUGAUAAAACUAAGGGUAACUUAGUGGGAACCUCCCACACGUUCUGUAAUAAAGUUUCUACACUGUCAUGUGAGGGAUCAAUACAAUUUCUCAUGGGCUUAAGUGGACACAAUGGUAGUUUUUCUACAGGAGAUUCUACAAGAGUUGGGUGUUGACUAAAGGUCAGGCAUUUUUGGAGCAGAAAACUGGAAUUUGUCUGGUGUUCAAAGGACAUGUCAAUUUUUAAAUAGAUGAUAAAACAAAGAUAAGAAAGCAUGGCUCAUAAAUAACUAUUUUUUAACAAUAGAUGAAAAAUAAAACUAAUGAGACUGGUGAAAUAUCAGUAGACAAUGCUUUCUGCACAGUGGUUCUGUGAUAUUCGGGUUCCCUCAUCCACACAGGGUUUCCACUGUCUGUUAGAAAUUCCAGGAUAUUUUAUUGAAUUUAAUUUAAUGUAUUUUAACACACUGUGUUAAAAAAUGAAAAAAAAAAAUAUUAAAUUAAAAACAAAUAUACUAAAAUGUCAUCUAGGUGCAGAAAGGAGGUGACUUCUGACCCUAAAAAAUGGUCAGACCUGGUAAAAAAUUUCCCAUUUGUGUUAUUUAAUUCAUGAUUUAAUAUUUUAUUUUAAUUAUUCAUUUAAAUUUCAUAUUAUUUAAAAAAUAUGGAUAACUUAUAUGUGUAGCCUCUUAGAAAUCAUGCAAGAAUAGCAUAGCAAUAAGAAAAACAAAUGGAAAUUACAAAUUAUUGCCUUCUAACUAUGGCUAUAGCUCAUUUUUUCUUCCAUUCUUAUUUAGCUAAUCACAUGAAAAAGGAUAGAAAAAGAUACAUCGUACACAUUCACAGCUGAUGUGACAAAUAGAACAAAGUUGUAUGUAUAUAUAUAUGCAAUGAUUAUACAGGUUUACUCUUUGAUAACUAAGCUUUAAAAUGUAGGUUUAAAAUUUUAAAAUUACAAAAUUAUGAUCAAAUUUUGAUAUAUAUAAUCUGUUGUGACACAAGGAUAUGAAAUACUGCACAAACCUAGCCAAAGUUGUAACAAUGUUUUCAGUGCAUUAGUACUAGAAUUGUAGCUGUGGUUGUAGUAUCAAUGGUCUACUAGUAGAAAGAUAAUAAAAUUGUACAUAGAUAUUUAAACAUAUUGUGCAUUAUAGGGGCACCAGCUAGUAUAUUUUCUGUUUUUAGUGGAGAAAGCUGCAACAAAAGUGGUUCUAAACAGUUGGUUUUUUUUUUUGUUUAUGUAUAAAAAGAUUUUUUUUUAUUAAGGUAGAUUGCUAAACUUUUUUUUUCUGAAAAAUUAAGUUUUAUUGUCAAUCAAUUCUUGAUGUCAGGUAGGUGAUUUCUUCUUUUAAAGCAGGUAGAAAUUAUUAGCUGCAAAUUUUUUUAAACAAAUUGGUUUCUGCAAUAGCCUUCCUUUUUAAUUUAUUUUUUAUAAGUUAUUCUUAUUUGUCACUACUAUUGCUUAGCAUUUAAGGUCAAAUUUCAAAAAUAUUUUGAACAUGUAGAAAGUGACAAGAUCUUGACAAUAAAAAUAUGAUAGAAAAAUUA